GACAGAAGUCUUUAGAGGAACCUGAAACAAAACAAACCCAAAUCAUCAGGAAGUCCAAAAGCUUUGAUAUAUUUGCUCCUCAAAAGACAAUACCUAUCAGUGGUACAACUACUCAAGACGAUUCAAACCAAACUGAGAAAGACGCUACUUCAGUCGUUCAGGCAGUCAUCAGAGCAGCUGUUGGUACAAUUGUGGAAGAGCUGGAGCAGUCAGCAACCACAACAGUGUCAACAAGCUCAGAGGUCCCUCAUCUUGGGGAAGAACAGAGCACAGAGAAGCCUGAUAGUCCAGUAACUGAUGAUGCUGUUGUGGAAUCAUCCAGAAGGACGUCAAAGGACAUUCCUGACAGUCAACAACCAGCUUCAAGUCCAGAUAUAAUUAAAGGACCAACGAAGACUACUGAUGUGGAAGUAGGUAAGGUUUCACCACCCAAAAGAAAGACAAAGGGUCUGAAGCCUUCUCCAGAACUUACCACCAAGGUUGCAGCUGAGAUCACACAAGAACCUGUCAGACAGAAGUCUUUAGAGGAACCUGAAACAAAACAAACCCUAAUCAUCAGGAAGUCCAAAAGCUUUGAUAUAUUUGCUCCUCAAAAGACAAUAUCUAUCAGUGGUACAACUACUCAAGACGAUUCAAACCAAACUGAGAAAGACGCUACUUCAGUGGUUCAGGCAGUCAUCAGAACAGCUGUUGGUACAAUUGUGGAAGAGGUGGAGCAGUCACCAACCACAACAGUGUCAACAAGCUCAGAGGUCCCUCAUCUUGGGGAAGAACAGAGCACAGAGAAGCCUGAUAGUCCAGUAACUGAUGAUGCUGUUGUGGAAUCAUCCAGAAGGACGUCAAAGGACAUUCCUUACAGUCAACAACCAGCUUCAAGUCCAGAUAUAAUUAAAGGACCGACUAAGACUACUGAUGUGGAAUUAGGUAAGGUUUCACCACCCAAAAGAAAGACAAAGGGUCUGAAGACUUCUCCAGAACUUACCACCAAGGUUGCAGCUGAGAUCACACAAGAACCUGUCAGACAGAAGUCUUUAGAGGAACCUGAAACAAAACAAACCCAAAUCAUCAGGAAGUCCAAAAGCUUUGAUAUAUCUGCUCCUCAAAAGACAAUAUCUAUCAAUGGUACAACUACUCAAGACGAUUCAAACCAAACUGAGAAAGACGCUACUUCAGUGGUUCAGGCAGUCAUCAGAACAGCUGUUGGUACAAUUGUGGAAGAGGUGGAGCAGUCACCAACCACAACAGUGUCAACAAGCUCAGAGGUCCCUCAUCUUGGGGAAGAACAGAGCACAGAGAAGCCUGAUAGUCCAGUAACUGAUGAUGCUGUUGUGGAACCAUCCAGAAGGACGUCAAAGGACAUUCCUUACAGUCAACAACCAGCUUCAAGUCCAGAUAUAAUUAAAGGACCGACUAAGACUACUGAUGUGGAAUUAGGUAAGGUUUCACCACCCAAAAGAAAGACAAAGGGUCUGAAGACUUCUCCAGAACUUUGCACCAAGGUUGUAACUGAGAUCACCCGAGAACCUGUCAGACAGAAGUGUUUAGAGGAAACCCAAAUGAAACAAACCUUAAUCAGCAGGAAGUCAAAAGGUUUGGAUGUUUCUUCUUCUCAAGAGCCACUGUCUCCCCCAGUUGGAACAACUGAUGUGGCAUCUGUGGAAGUGGAGAAGGACAUUGGUAGAGAAAAGACCACAUCAAUUGUACAGACUGUCACAGAAACAACCAAGUCUGUCAUAGUGGUAGAAGAAAGUCUCUCUCCAAGCUCAGGAGUUUCAGAAAGUUCAGACAUUUGUCUCUCUAAGAAAACAGAGGCCACAGAGAAACCAGACAGCCAAAUAAGUGAAGCUGUUGUUGGCAAAACCAAAGUUAUAGCAACAAGGAGGACAUCAGAGGAGGGUCCUGAAUGUCAGCAACCAUGUCCAGCUGCCCAUAUAAUCACAGAACCAAAUGAAACUACUGCUGUGGAAAUGGGUAUGGUUUCACCACCCAAAAGAAAGACAAAGGGUCUGAAGCCUUCUCCAGAACUUGCCACCCAGGUUGCAGCUGAGAUCACACAAGAACCUGUCAGACAGAAGUCUUUAGAGGAACCUAAAACAAAACAAACCCAAAUCAUCAGGAAGUCCAACAGCUUUGAUAUAUUUGCUCCUCAAAAGACACUAUCUAUCAGUGGUACAACUACUCAAGACGAUUCAAACCAAACUGAGAAAGACGCUACUUCAGUCGUUCAGGCAGUCAUCAGAACAGCUGUUGGUACAAUUGUGGAAGAGGUGGAGCAGUCACCAACCACAACAGUGUCAACAAGCUCAGAGGUCCCUCAUCUUGGGGAAGAACAGAGCACAGAGAAGCCUGAUAGUCCAGUAACUGAUGAUGCUGUUGUGGAACCAUCCAGAAGGACGUCAAAGGACAUUCCUUACAGUCAACAACCAGCUUCAAGUCCAGAUAUAAUUAAAGGACCAACUAAGACUACUGAUUUGGAAUUAGGAAUGGUUUUACCACCCAAAAGAAUGCGAAAGGGUCUGAAGACUUCUCCAGAAAUUGGCACCAAGGUUGUAACUGAGAUCACCCGAGAACCUGUCAGACAGAAGUGUUUAGAGGAAACCCAAAUGAAACAAACCUUAAUCAGCAGGAAGUCAAAAGGUUUUGAUGUUUCUUCUUCUCAAGAGCCACUGUACCCCCCUGUUGGAACAAUUGAUGUGGCAUCUGUGGAAGUGGAGAAGGACAUUGGUAGAGAAAAGACCACAUCAAUUGUACAGACUGUCACAGAAACAACCAAGUCUGUCAUAGUGGUAGAAGAAAGUCUCUCUCCAAGCUCAGGAGUUUCAGAAAGUUCAGACAUUUGUCUCUCUAAGAAAACAGAGGCCACAGAUAAACCCGACAGCCAAAUAAGUGAAGCUGUUGUUGGCAAAACCAAAGUUAUAGCAACAAGGAGGACAUCAGAGGAGGGUCCUGAAGAUCAGCAACCUUGUCCAACUCCCUAUAUAAUCACAGAACCAACAGAGACUACUGUUGUGGAAAUGGGUAAGGUUUUAGUUCCCAAAAGAAUGACAAAGGGUCUGAAGCCUUCUCCAGAACUUACCACCAAGGUUGCAGCUGAGAUCACACAAGAACCUGUCAGACAGAAGUCUUUAGAGGAACCUAAAAGUGUUUUGAAAGAAAUUAAACAAACCCUAAUUGGCUGGGUGUCUAAAGGUUUUGAUGUGUCGUCUCCUCAAGAGCCACUAUCUCCCCCUGUUGGGACAAUGGAUGUGUCAUCUAUUGAGGUGAGGAAAGACAUCGAUAGAGGAAAGUCCACUUCAGUUGAACAGAAGGUGAUAGAGACCACCAAACCUAUCGUGGUAGAAGAAAGACUCUUACCAACCUCAAGAGUUUUAAAAAGCCCAGACAUUUCUCCUCAUGAGAAAACAGAGGCCUUAGAAAAACCCGACAGACAAAUAAGUAAAGCUGUUCUUGGCAAAGCCAAAGUUAUAGCAACAAGGAGGACAUCAGAGGAGGGGCCUGGAGGUCAGCAACCAUGUCCAACUGCCCAUAUAAUCACAGAACCAACAGAGACUACUGUUGUGGAAAUGGGUAAGGUUUCACCACCCAAAAGAAAAACAAAGGGUCUGAAGACUUCACCAGAACUUGGCACCACGGUUAUAACCGACAUCACACGAGAUCCUGUCAGACAGAAGUCUUUAGAGGAACCUGAAACAAAACAAACCCAAAUCAUCAGGAAGUCCAAAAGCUUUGAUAUAUUUGCUCCUCAAAAGACACUAUCUAUCAGUGGUACAACUACUCAAGACGAUUCAAACCAAACUGAGAAAGACGCUACUUCAGUGGUUCAGGCAGUCAUCAGAACAGCUGUUGGUACAAUUGUGGAAGAGGUGGAGCAGUCACCAACCACAACGGUGUCAACAAGCUCAGAGGUCCCUCAUCUUGGGGAAGAACAGAGCACAGAGAAGCCUAAUAGUCCAGUAACUGAUGAUGCUGUUGUGGAAUCAUCCAGAAGGACGUCAAAGGACAUUCCUUACAGUCAACAACCAGCUUCAAGUCCAGAUAUAAUUAAAGGAUCAACUAAGACUACUUAUGUGGAAUUAGGUAAGGUUUCACCACCCAAAAGAAAGACAAAGGGUCUGAAGCCAUCUCCAGAACUUGGCACCAAGGUUGUAACCGAGAUCACACAAGAAACUGUCAGACAGAAGUGUUUAGAGGAAACCCAAAUGAAACAAACUAUAAUCAGCAGGAAGUCAAAAGGUUUUGAUGUUUCUUCUUCUCAAGAGCCACUGUCUCCCCCAGUUGGAACAACUGAUGUGGCAUCUGUGGAAGUGGAGAAGGACAUUGGUAGAGAAAAGACCACAUCAAUUGUACAGACUGUCACAGAAACAACCAAGUCUGUCAUCGUGGUAGAAGAAAGUCUCUCACCAACCUCAGGAGUUUCAGAAAGUUCAGACAUUUGUCUCUCUAAGAAAAUAGAGGCCACAGAAAAACACGACAGACAAAUAAGUGAAGCUGAUGUUGGCAAAACCAAAGUUAUAGCAACAAGGAGGACAUCAGAGGAGGGUCCUGAAGAUCAGCAACCAUGUCCAACUGCCCAUACAAUCACAGAACCAAAUGAAACUACCGCUGUGGAAAUGGGUACGGUUUCACCACCCAAAAGAAAGACAAAGGGUCUGAUCACAGAGAUCUCACGAGAACCUGUCAGACAGAAGUCUUUAGAGGAACCUGAAACGAAACAAACCCUAAUCAUCAGGAAGUCCAAAAGCUUUGAUAUUUCUGCUCCACAAAAGACACUAUCUAUCAGUGGUACAACUACUCAUGACGAUUCAAACCAAACUGAGAAAGACGCUACUUCAGUGGUUCAGACAGUCAUCAGAACAGCUGUUGGUACAAUUGUGGAAGAGGUGGAGCAGUCACCAACCACAACAGUGUCAACAAGCUCAAAGGUUUCUCAUCUCGGGGAAGAACAGAGCACAGAGAAGCCUGACAGUUCAGUAACUGAUGCUGCUUCUGUGGAACCAUCCAGAAGGACGUCAAAGGACGGUCCUGGCAGUCAGCAACCAGCUUCAAGUCCAGAUAUAAUUAAAGGACCAACUAAGACUACUGAUGUUGAAUUAGGUAAGGUUUCACCACCCAAAAGAAAGACAAAGGGUCUGAAGCCAUCCCCAGAACUUGGCACCGAGGUUGUAACCGAGAUCACACAAGAACAUGUCAGACAGAAGUCUUUAGAGGAAACCCAAAUGAAUCAAACUUUAAUCAGCAGGAAGUCAAAAGGUUUUGAUGUUUCUCCUUCUCAAGAGCCACUGUCUCCUCCUGUUGGAACAUCUGAUGUGGCAUCUGUGGAAGUGGAGAAGGACAUUGAUAGAGAAAAGACCACAUCAAUUGUACAGACUGUCACAGAAACAACCAAGUCUGUCAUAGUGGUAGAAGAAAGUCUCUCUCCAACCUCAGGAGUUUCAGAAAGUUCAGACAUUUGUCAUUAUAAGGAGACAGAGGCCACAGAAAAACCAGACAGCCAAAUAAGUGAAGCUGUUUUUGGGGAAACCAAAGUUAUAGCAACAAGGAGGACAUCAGAGGAGGGUCCUGAAGGUCAACAACCAUGUCCAACUGCCCAUAUAAUCACAGAACCAAAUGAAACUACUGGUGUGGAAAUGGGUAAGGUUUCACCACCCAAAAGAAAGACAAAGGGUCUGAAGCCUUCUCCAGAACUUACCUCAAAGGUUGUAGCUGAGAUCAUACAAGAACCUGUCAGACAGAAGUCUUUAGAGGAACCUGAAACGAAACAAACCCUAAUCAUCAGGAAGUCCAAAAGCUUUGAUAUAUCUGCUCCUCAAAAGACACUAUCUAUCAGUGGUACAACUACUCAUGACAUUUCAAACCAAACUGAGAAAGAAGCUACUUCAAUCGUUCAGCCAGUCAUCAGAACAGCUGUCGGUACAAUUGUGGAAGAGGUGGAGCAGUCACCAACCACAACACUGUCAACAAGCUCAGAGGUUUCUCAUUUUGGGGGAGAACAGAGCACAGAGAAGCCUGACAGUCCAGUAACCGAUGAUGAUGAUGUUGUAGAACAAUCUGAAUUUAAACAAUCUUCAUCGGGUUUGAUCACUGGGCCAAUGGUCGAUGAACAAAUUCAGACUACAGCAAAGUGUGUCUUCUCUGUGCGUACAGACACACCACAUCUGACAGAGUACAUUGACAAGUUAUGGAAACACAGCCCUGAGGUUCAGAAGCGGUAUCUGGUCCUAAGUCUUCCAGAAGGAGCAAAGUACACACCUGAAACAAAGCCAGUUCUUCCACCUGUAGGUCCCUCUACUCAACAUACCUCUGAAGAAAUAAGUGAAUCCUCUAGUCAGCUGAAGUUCAGGGGACCCACUCAAGAUAUAACCAAAGAUGACACAGGGGAUGACAGUGUGUCCUUCACCAAAGAGUCCUCUGAGAUCCUAGUAGAUCCCUCCCAUCUAGUUUUAGACGUGAGCGAGAUGACCAAAGAAGCAUUUCAAAGUGACACUUCACAAGGCAGACCUCCUGCUGGUCAGUCACAGGUGGCAGGAACAGAGUUUAUAGAAGUACACUUUUCUGAACAGGAAUCUGUCUAUUCGAGACAAGCUGAGAGAAGCAUAGUGGUCCUAGAACAAGGUGCUAAAGAACAACUUGACAGCAAGUUGGAUGAAAGGUCUGUAACGAUAGAAAAAAUCCAACUGGGGCCUGAAGUGCACGUUUUACAAUUGGAUUUACAGACCAGUCCAGAGGUGCAUAAAGACAUGUCUGCUGCAAAUGUUGAGCCAAAGAUAGAUGUAAAAAUUAUCCAUAACCAAGGACAACCCGAAAGUAAAAUUGAGAUCACUGCUGAGGUCAUGGCAAAGACAUCUGUAGGCGAGGUGACUAAACUAAAGGGACAAGAAAGCAGUGCUGAAUGUAAAGAGGAAUUCCUGAGGAAUUCUGCUCAGUCCACAGUUGCUGUGGCUCCAAUACUGGAGCCGUCUGAGACAGAGUUCAUUGAAAUAAGCUUAUAUGAGCAAGACUUCAUAAACCCAAGUGAAGAUACAAAGCUGCUGGAAAAGCCUUUAGAGGUUAAAGAGCAACCAGUCCAUGAGGAGCAUUCAGCCCAUGAAGCCCAAGAAAAAAAAUAUCUUACAAUGGAGAAAAUUCCUGUGGAGCGUGAAGUCUCAGUUUUACAAUUGGAUGUACCAACCACUGAAACCCAGACUAAAAGAGAGGCACAAAACGUAGAUAGGACUGCUGGCAUUCAUUCCAAGGAGGCUGUCGUCAAUACAAGAGUGGAAAGGAAAGCGUGUGUGUCAUAUAGUGGCUCCACUCAACUUAUGGCUAAUGAAGCAGUGACGGCUUCUGCAGAAAUCAAAUUAUCCAAGGAGGACACUAUCAAACCAAGUAUGACGGUGAUUAAACCCAAUUUCCCCCAACCCACAGAGGAAAAACCCAAAGUGGUUGAGAAAAGCAAAGUGCAACAGGAUCAUAUUAAGGAUUCUACCAAAGACUUACAUGAUCCUUCCCAGAGUCUGGACAAAAUGACUCAGAAGAUCAAAAUAGUUUCUGAUGAGUGCAUCUCACAACCAGCUGCCAUAAUUAAGGAACAUGAAACCACAUCUGCAAUAACAAGGGUGUCAAUGAUUCAUGUGUAUCAAGCAGGUGAAGAACAUUUGGAAAAGAAAAUAGCUUCAGUUGAGAUAACCAAAGUAAAGCAGGAGUCUGAAGAACAUCUAGUACAACUUCAGCAUGAGCAGCAUCAAUUGUCAACACAAGAACUUAGUGGCUUAGCCAAAACUGAUGUAAAGUCUAUCAGUCAGCAGCAAAGCUUCAAGGACGCUGAUGAGGUUGUACAACUGGAUGAACAGACAGUGCAAGAGGAGGAUCAAUACAUCUCUGUCACCACAGCCAAGAAACCAAUGAUAGAAACUGCUGAAACAAGUGUAGAGGGUCCAGAAAACAUAUAUGAGACUAGAACUGAUGUUUACAACGAAAAGGCUGCAGUUGAGACAAAAGUCAAGCAAGGCAGCAGUGAACGGGAGAAGCUCGUUCAGAGUGACUCCACUGAGCCCAGCUCUGUGGCCUCUGUAGCAGUGCAGCCGACUGCAACAGAGAAAGCAUUCACAGAGGUUUCUGAGAAAGAUGCUGCAAAACCAACCAGAGCAGCAAUUAAGUCUGAUUCUCUAGAAGCAACACCGGAACCACCAAAAGAGCUCGAGGAUGAAGAAGACCGGUCUACAAUGCCCUUACUAGACUUGGUCAAAGCUCCUCACAGUCUGGAUGAGUCUGCUAGGGAGGAGAAAAGCUACAAAGGGGCCAAAGUACACCUUUUACAGCCUGAUAGCCAGAAAAUUAUUAAAGAGCACAAGAUCACAUCCUAUUUGGUAACAGAGACACCAUUAAUUCGUCAAACAAGUGUCCAAUGUGAGGAGGUUGUGAUGAAGAAACGUCAGACAUCUCCUGAUGCUAAACCAGGUAAAACUGCUGUUGAGUACAGUAGUACAGUACAGAGCACAGUAGAGGUAAAGAUUGAGGAAUGUGCUCAACUAGAGCAGCAUGCAGAGGUGUUGACACAAGACAUGGGUGAUCCAUCCACUGUCAUUGAAAGGUCCAUCAGGAUCGAGAGGAUCCACAAGGAGGAGGAUGUUUGUGCUUUACAACUGGACAUAGCAACAGGUCAAGUGGAGGAUGAAAACCUCACUUUCAUUAUUGCCAAGGAACCGAGGAGAGCUGUGACUCAAACGAGCAUAGAGGGCAAACUGGUGGCAGAAAAAGAGACCGUGGUUGAUGUUCAUAGCGAGGAGGCUGCAUUUAAGACAGACGAUGUGUCUCAGAGCGACGCCUUUAAACCUGUGACGUGUGAAGGAAGGACAGAAUUUAAGCAAAUCAGCUUCUCUGAACAUGAGCGGGUUCAACCAAGCAGAACCCAUCCUCAGCUGGAACUCUUUAAAAGCAUGCAGGACGGACAGACGUCUAUCAAGGCUCCCUCUGUCCAAGCAAAACAUCCUCAGGUUCCGGCACCGGAAAUGGACAAUCUACCCAUGAGUCAGGAAGCAACAACAACGGAGAAGAAAAAACAGGUAGAGUCAGGGAUGAAGUUUGAGACUGUGAGAGAAAGCAAAGAUGUGACUAACACAGACAUUCAGCCUGACGAGCACAGAGUUAAGAUCAUCACUGAAGAAAUGAAGGAGGGAAGUAGUGAAUCCAUGUUUGGACUCCGUAUGGCCCCAAAAACCCAAAUCACGAAAAAGAAGACUGAAGAGGAGAGAGAGAGUCAGGGGCAAGGAUGGGAGACGGCCGUUACAGUAGAGCUGCCGAAACAUCCGCUCGCCGUUACUACAGCUGUGACUACUGAGGCAGUGACGCGUGAAGCCUUUACUUUGCCGCAGGUGGGAUAUGAUGCUCAGCUGAAGUCACCAGAAUCACUGACAGUGUCUGCUGAUUUUACCCUGGGUGAAGCAGCGUGGGAGGCUGGUUCACCCACUGAUGAAGAAGCAGAUGUGAUGACUGAGGAAUUAUUGGAGCCAUCAAAAGGCGCCGCCUUUUUCACAGAGAUACAGGAACUAGCAGGAGCAGGACACUCUGCUCAGCUCACUGAAGCUAAAUAUCAGGGGGAGGCUCCAGAGGCUCUAAUAUCUUCAGCCAGUGAUCUAAAUGGUUGUCUAAGAAGGCUCAUAUCUAAAGUCCUGACUUACAAAAGCCGCCCAGCUGAGCUCAACCCAUCAGCCCUGGCCCAGCAGAUAGAAGAAGCUCAGCAGUGUGGAGAAUCUGUCCAGGCCCAGCUCUCAUUAUUCUCCCAACUGAGCCGAGCUGAUGCUGUGGAGCAUGUGGAAACCCAGUGGAAAGACGCUGCUCAACAUGUAGCGGCUGUGAUUCAGAGCAAAGAGGCCCAACUGCAGCUGCUGACUGAUUACUGCACACAGACCCAAACAGCCAGGACCACAGUAGACAGGCAGACAGCAGAAGUGGAUGCUUUGAAAAGGUGUCCAGAGCAGAGCAGGGUGAAGGAGGCAGAGCAAAUCUGUUCCAUACAGACGAGCAUGGAGGAGAGAAGAGCAGUCCUCAGAGAGCUGCUGGCGAUCUACACCAAACUGUGCCCCGCUCUCAGCCGCCCUGAGCGAGCAACUGCACGGACUGACCUGAAGAACCUCCAAGAGCAAUGGAGAGGCCUGGAGAGAGCUGUGGAGAGGAGGCUUCAUCACAUCAAUGUCCACGCUCACGAAACCAAGAGCCUUCUGUCAGAGAUAACAGGUCUAGAAGAAAAUGUAGAAACAGUUGUCAAAACCCUUGAAGCCACGACCCCAUCAGUUUCACAGUGGAACUGCAAAAAAACGCAGCAUCUGAUGGAGGCAAAUGCUGAUCUCAAAGCCUCCCAGCAGAAAUACCUCCAUUUGCAGCAGCUUUCCUCACCCCUACUCAGCUCCAGGUGGGAGAAGGAAACCAGAGAGAUACAACAACGGCUUCAAAUAGUUAAAGACAAAAUCAGCCACGCAGAGGAUCUGGUGACCUCCCAAAGCCAGACCAGCAGCAGUCCCAUCAUGGAGAAAAUGAUUGCGGUGAUGAGAGAUGGCCUUGCCUGGGCGAAGCAGACAGAGACUGACAUUGAGGGCAGGAGGAGGAGGGUGUCUUUACUUCCUGAAGAGGUCCACCAGCAGCUCAGAGAUCUGAAGAAGCUGCAAUCUGAUGUGAUUAGCAAACAAUGUCAACUACAAGCUCUGGUGGAGGAGGUGACAGAGCUGCUGCCACAGCUGGACCAGACUGAGGAGGUGCCAAUGGUUCAUUCCUCUCUCGAAGCCCUUAAUAAACUCUCCAAGUCCACUACUGAGAAGCUGACUAAUGCUAUGAGGGACAUAGAGUCUGGCCUGCAGACCAGGGAAAAGCUUUCAGAGCAGAUUGCUGACCUUGACUCCUGGAUUAUUACACAUCUGCACAGAGAGGCCUCUGGGAGUGCAGAUGUUGAGCUCAGGAGCCCCACAGAACUUGAUCGCAGACUUCGUCAGAUCCAAGAAACCCUGGCUGAGGCUGAGAAGCAUGCCGCAGUCUGGGAGGCGCUUUUAACAAAGAGUAAAGACAUCUCCUCUGAACUCAGCUGCACAGAGAACUGUCAGCUUUUCGAAAAGCUUAGCGACAUCCAGGAGGACAUUCAAGCCAUCAGCAGCUAUGAGAAGGACAACAAAACAGAGCUUGACGAACUCAUUCAGAUUGUAGAUUCUAGCAAGAAGAACCUUGUCGCCACCGAAAAAAGCCUGCGGCAGAUGUUGGUGGACGUCAGCAAACACCGGUUCCCCAUCACAACAGAGUCCUUGAAAGAUUUGGAUGCUUUCAAGGGCUUGAUUUUGGAACACAAGUCCCAAGUUGAACUUUUGCAACCGUGGAUUCCACAGGAGAAGACCAGAGGACUGCACUCAAUCAUGUCUGAAAUCCACAGCAAAAUGGCUUCCUUGGAGAGGAAGGCCUGUGACCAUGAACAGUACCUGAGCAUCAGGCAGGCGGUGGAGGACCUCAAGGAGACAUUUCAGCAGCAGGUCCUUCACACCAAAGAAGACAGUAUGACUCUGGAGGGGAGGUACAAACUCUGCCAAAGCCUGCUCAUCCAGUAUCCUCUGAUUAAGCAUUUGUGUGAGGAGGCUCGCUCCAAGCUUCAGCUGAUCUCCACGGACCUGUAUCCGUCCCAGCUGACCGCAGAACGACAGCGGCUCAAACAAAAUGAGGAGAGCCUUGUCACCUGGCAGAUGACGCUCUACAACAACCUCCGCACUAUUGAGUGGGACGUACUGAAGGAACUCGACCUUGAUUCAGAGAGGAGAGCCACUCGUGUUUUCCUCUGGACGACCCAGAAGGAGCUUCAGAAACUCACAGUCCUGGAGCCAAAUGACACGGUUCUCGACCAAGAAUACCAGAGAAUCGUGGGUUUGAAACAAACGGUAGAGUCCAGAAUCAGAGCCCUGGAAGUUCUGGAGCAAAAGAAAGGAAACAAAGCAGAAAGUCAAUCCCAAGAUCUCCAGCGCUUGAAGAAGGCCGUUAUCAGUCACUGUGACACACACAUGGAGAACAUGGUCCAGGCCAGGGACUCUUUGACAGGCUACACCUGUAAAGUUAAGAAAGCAGUACAGUUCCUGAGGGACCUGGAGGCUUCUCUGCUGCCACUGCAGGGCUCUGCCGGACCCUGUUCUGAACAGCUGGAGGAGACCCAGCAGGCUUUAGCUGCACUGCAGGAGCAGUUCCAGACCCACGUGGAGGAGCUCCAGACCCAGGCUGCUCUGCAUUCAUACCUGUCCCCCCAGAAGGUGGAGCAGCUCCAGGAGACCAUUCUGAGCCAGCUGCUGGUGAAGAUGUCCACUCUCCAGGCAAAGGGCCACAUGCGACUGGAGGGGCUCAGCAGAUGUGCAGAACAUCACAUAAAUUACAUCAGGUGCCAAGAAGAAAUCAUGCAGAGUGUGAAGAGCUCAGAGAACUGCCUCCUACAGUUGAUUUCCCAGAAGCUCACCAGUCUGGGUGACUUCACUGACCAGGAGGCAAAGCUCCAACUUCUCUCUCAGGCGGUGGACGACCUGCUGACGCGUCUGAAGGAGCUGAAGGAGUGGUGCCCUGAGCCGAGCUGUCGAGGAGUCAGGGAGGCUGUCGUUACUGCUGUCUGGAAACGAGUAUCGAGGCUGUGGCUGUGCACGCAAAGGCUGAGAGGCCGCAGCAGGCAGAGGAUCACAGAGUGGAGUGACGUCACCAACAGUGUGGAGAAGGCCUCUGCUGUGCUGGAGCAGGUCGAGGCAGAGCUUCCUGAUGAUGUGCCCGUGAAGCUCUCCACUGAGGCGCUUCAUGACCUGUUGCAGUCCUGGGAACAGUACCAGGACAGACUGGACUGCGAGCAUCGAUCGCUGUCCGCCCUGGAGCUGCGUGCUGCCAGAUUACUGGGCGUCCCUGCCCACUUGGAGUCGGCUCCUCCCACUCCUCUCUGCCAGAAGCUGCAGGUGAUGCAGGCUCGAUACGCCAGUAUUAAAAAGAAGAGCAGAGAAGGUUUGGAGGCAGUCAGACUGGAGCUGGAGCAGAGAGAAAAGCUGUGGGAGGAACUUCACGGCCUUCGGGUUUGGCUGGAAGCCACAGGUGGUCGUCUGUCAGAGAUGGAGCAGAGCGACGGUGCACACGAGCUUCCAGAGAUCCACGUUCAGCUGUACACCCACAAGGCUUUACUACAGCGCAUCAUGGACAGCCUGAAGGUGAAGUACUCUGACACGGCCACGCCGGUGCCAGUGGAGGUCGAAGGCCAACUGCAGGGAGUCACACAGUCAAUGAAACAGGUGGAAGUCAAGGUUGGAGAGGCGGUGGAGCGGAGCGGUCCUGUCCACAGGCUGGGGGUGAAGCUGUUUGAGAUCCUGGCUGGCCUGAGGUCAGUUCAGAAAAGACUGGAACAAAGAAGCCCCACGGUGAUUGAAGCCAAGUUUACCCAGAAGCGAGUCUGGGACGAGCUGGAUGUGUGGCACUCCUGUCUGGCAGCCCUGGAGGUGGACCUGCAGGACCUGGAGAAGCCCGAGGACACACUGGUCCUCACAGAGAAGCUGGUGGAGGUCCAGCAGUUCCACUCCCAGCUGGCCAAAGAGGCGGAGCAGAGGACCACUCUCCUGAGCAAGAUUCAAACGUGGCUUCAGGAGCAUCAGGAAAUGAUCAACAGCUCUAAGAGCUGGAUAUGUGAUGCUCAGUCGUGGCUCGCUGCUCCCUACACCUACACCACGGCUAAAUGUCUCAGCAGUCACGUCCACACUCUGCAGAUGGUGCUGAACGACUCGGCACAGAUCCGAACCACUCUGCAGGGCUUCAGUUCAGUCCUUCAGGAAAUGUCUCAGGUGUGUGAUAUCGCCACACUCCAGGAACAACUGGUAGAAGCUGAUCGUCAGGUGGCCGACGUCCAAGACAGCUUCACGGCGCCUCUGUCUCAGCUAGAGCACGCUGCUGCGGAGGUGGAAGCCAUUGAGAUUGAAAUCAGGCGGAUGGAGGGUCAAGUAGCAGAGAUCAAGGCAUUAUUAACUUCCCCUGAGAGCUUGCCCAGCCGCAGAGAGGCCAGCCUCACGCCAAUCGAACAGAAGAUCCAGAGCAUGAGGAGAACUGUGGCAGAGAUCCAGAAGUGUAAACCAGGCCUUUGUCUGCCAGAGAAGGCCGAGGAGACGCUCACAGUGUUUGCUGUAGUCAACCAGCUUCAGACUCUGCUGCUUGAACUAGAGAAGAAAGUCCCUGCUCUGUUCAUUCAGCAGCCUCCAACUCCCGUCCAGGCCAAAGCUUCGUCAGCUCUGCAGCCUCCGCUCCUGAAAUCCACUUCAGAGGAGGAGGAUGCUCAGGGCCAAAUCAGAAUUGUCCAUAUGGAGGAGGACGUCCUGAAGAGAUCUGGAGCCACGCUGCUCACCGUGGAGCAGUCGUCACCUGAGCAGAGGCAGUCCUGGACACCUGAGCGCUCCCAGCAGCUCCAGGCUGAAGAAGCCGGAGAACAAAAGGGGAGUGAGGAGCAGAGAGUGGAAGAAGGUGGAGGAGGUGUUUUUUGGUGGCUCUGGGAUCUUUUCCUGAGCACUGCUGCAGAGGAGCCUGCAGCUUCAGAAGAAACCAAAGCUGCCACUGAACAGACUGAAGAGACACAGGAUGUUGAGGGCCCCACUGACACCACAGAAGCAAGUUCAUCUGAAGCUUUAUCAAAGCCCCUGGCCACAGUCAGAACCCAGUCGCAGUCCGAGAGCAUGGAGCUCAUGAAAGGACAGAGGGGGCUUGCAUGGAGGGGGGAUGAUAGCCACCCAGAGGGGCCGAAGACACACACAGUAUAUUCGCUGGGCGCACACACACUGAAGGAGUCAUUCCCACCUAGAGAGGCAACUGCUUUUAGAGCUGCAAGGUCAGACAGCAGAGAGGUAGACGGCAGGAUCAGGUCAGUGGAGCCACGCCGAAGCCCAGUUACAGCUAGAGACACAGCGGUGAGCAGCACACAGACACAGGCCCCUGCAGGCAGAGCAGCAGCCGCCUCCCUGCAGCACCAGGAUGCCGCUGGGGGAAGGCGUCCUGCACAAAACCUGAAGGAGCCUGGAUGCCGGUCUGGGCCGUGCCCCCCUGAAGGCGCGCUUCAUGGCUGCCUGGACAGAGUGGCACAGCUUGAGCAGUGGCUGCAGGAAGCUGAGAGGAACCUGCUGCCGGCGGCGCCAGUGACCAUGCAGGACAGUGUGGAGCGACAGCUGCUCACCUGCCAGGAGAUGCUCAUGGAGAUUGAGCAGAAGGUGGUGAGUCUGUCUGCGCUGACUCAGGCUGCUGACCGGCACCAGCAGGAGGAACUGGGAGCUGUGGGAUCCCAGCAGGAGGUGGCUGAGCUCCUGUCCUCCAAACUGCAGCUCCUCAAGCUCAACCUGGUCUCGUUCCAGCAGCUCCUACAGGAGCGACUGGAGGAGGAGGGCUCCUCCAGGGAGCUGCAGGAACAGACUCAAGGAGUCUGCCUCCCACAACAGUCAAAGCGCAGCAGCAGCUUUCAGGAACUUUUCUCGUCGCCAAGAAACAAACUCCUGAGGCAAAGCAGCCUGCAGCAGCAGAAGGAGCUGGAGCAGGAGCUGACGGAGCAGAGAGGUUUGACUCAGGCCAUCAUCCGACUUCACAGCCAGGACACAGCAUGCUCGGCUCCUGCUGGGGCUGAUGUGGAGGAGGACUCCGCUCAGAAGAAGUGGGAUCACCUUCACAGCCGGCUCCUGGCUGUGGAGGAGAGCUGGCUCCUUCCUCCCUCUGAGGUGACAGACUCAUCUGUGAGUCGUACUGAUGGAACAGCAGGAUGUAUGAUUGGCACGCAGCAUCUGAAAGAGCUCCAAACCCACAUCAUCCUUCUGAGGGAGCUGGGACAAAAAGCUGCAGCGCUUCCGAAUCAGACCUGCUCUGUGGAUGUCUCCCACCAGACUCUGGAUGAGGGCUUGUUCCAUGUUCUGUGUGGAGCAUCACUGUCGCUGUCCUCCCUCAGAAACAUGCUGCUGUCACCUGCUGUGGCAGCACAUGAGGGAGACGCUCAGCUGACGCUGCUGCAGAGUCUGUCAGCGGAGUUGGCCACAUUUAGCAGCGAGCUGGUCUCUCAGGGGUCAAAGGUCAGCCUUAUCCUGGGUUCAGAGCGUGGUCAGCGGUGUGUUGAUGAUCUGAGCAGAAUCCUUCCUGUGGUCGAAGCCGCUCUGAGCAGCAGAAAGAAGCAGCUCGUAAACACGGAGCAGGAGACGGAGAAGCAGCAGGGAAAGCUCCGAGCGCUGCAUGCAGCCUUCACCUCUAACCAGUCCAUCAUUCCCCAAGUAAUGAAUGACUUCAGUGGAACACUGAGCUCUAACGAACACCUGCAGGCUGUGGUUCAGAUGCAGGAGCGUCUGCAGCAGCAGGUGGAGCAGGUGGACUCGCUGCUGCAGGAACAUGGACCCGACCUGCCCGCCUGCCUCAUCCACCAGGCCACGCAGCUACAGAGUGAGCUGGACACGGCUCUGGGUGGGGUUGGCGCUCGCCGUGAGGAGCUGAGGGGCAGCGUGGAGCUGCAGGAGCAGUAUGAACGGCUGGUUACCAGCCUGAAGGAGCUGCUCCGUCUGGGCUGUGAACGCCUCGCACAGCAGCCUGAGCUCCAGAGCAGAGCUCAGCUCCAGCAGCAGCUCAGCUCACACGAGAGGUUCUUCCAGUUUCUGGGUCAUCGUUCCAGGACUCUGCUGUACCUGACCAGCAGACUCCCAGAGAGCGCCCUCCAGAGGUGGGAGGGUGUGGUGUCCGGCCUGCAGGAGGAGCUGAGCCGACUGCAGCAACGAGGACUCGAAAGGGGAGCAAGCAUGCGGGAAACGCUGCAGAUGUGGCUGCAGUGGGAGGAGGACGCCGCCUGGUCAGAAACCCUGCUGAGACAGAUUGACACUUCAUUUCCCACGAUGCUCGGGUGCCGUGACUCUGAUGAGCAGAUCUUAGAGAAGCUCCGUCUCCUCCGGGAGCUGCUGGUUUCUCUGGAGCAGAACGAGGCUCGGCUCAGUCGCACGCUUGAGGCCGGGCGCCGUCUGCAGAGGCUGGGCUGUAGGUCAGUGGGUGCGUCCACCAACCACAUGGAGGCGUUCUGGAGGUCGCUUCACAAAAGAGCAGAGCAAGAACGCGUCAACUGUGACAGACAGCAGAGGUUAAGGAGCAGAUUCCUUCAUGACUCUGCUGUGCUCGCUGAAUGGAUGGGAGGGGCCAGAGAGCUGAUUGACAGCUGGAGAUGUCUCUCGGUGUCAGGCAGUGAGGAGAUGGAUCUUGAACAGAGGCGUGACUGCUAUUUCCAGUUUGUUGCUUUGACCAAAGAGCUGGAGCCCAGUUUGGACAUGAAGGUGAGAGUGACCGGUGCAGGGAUGCAGCUGGUCCAGGUCAGUGACACAGAAGACACCGCUCCCAGCCAGAGUUUGGACCUGGGCCUGAGCUCCAUCGACUCCCAGCUCAGACAGCUGGAGCUGGACUGGUCCAGUCUGAUGGAAGAUGUUCCUGUUGUGCAGGAAGCUCUGCAUGCGCGCUGGAUGAAGACGUUGACCCAGCAGGGGGCGCUUCUCGAGCUGCAGACCUGGCUGAGAGCGGCUGAAUCCCAGCUGGAGGAGCAACGCCACAGGUUCAGGCAAACGUCCGGCACUGAGGCUGAUCUCACACACCUGCUGAAGCACUGCAAGGAGCGGGAGCUGGAGAUGACGGCCCAUCAGGCCACUCUGGACUAUGUGAAGCAGCCGCUGCAGGCCUGUGGCAGCGACCGGAGCAAGUGCUGGGAACACAACCGCUUCUCUGAGGACCAGGGCUGUUUGAAUCAUCAGUGGCUCAGUCUGCAGGAGAAGCUCCGCAGGCAGAUUCAGAAGAUUGAGCAGGAUUUGUGCAACAGAGCAGCGCUAGAGGCUCGACUGACACAGAUCAACAGCUGGAUCACGGACCAGAACCUCUGGAUCAGCUCAGCUUGGACACCCAGCAGCCAGACGGAGCUUCGUAGGAGCAUCCGCACCUGCCAGGACCUGGGGGGGGAAAUCAAGGUGAAAGCCACUGCUCUACAGAAGCUGAGAGACCAGAGUCAGAGCAUCUGUGAUUUUAUGUCUGAGGCAGAUAAAUCCACGGAGGCCUGUUCAGCUCUUACACAACAGAAUGAGUCCUUGAGGCAGAGGUUGGCUCAGACUCAGCAGCUGUGGGACAGUGUGGACAGAAAGCUGAGUCAGUCACUGCAGAAAUCUCUGAGAAGGUCCCAGACUGCUGCUGGUCACAGCAGCCCUCAGCUGUGCCUGCAGGCCCAGAGAGCGAGCCAGCGCCGGCUGCAGCUUCUUCAGGAGGAGACAGAAGCUGCAGAAGCAGAGUGGGAGGAACUGAGCCGAAGCAUCUCCUGUCUCAGGGAAGUCAUCAGUCCUGCCGCUGCCUCGCUCGUCGCUGAGCAGAUGGAGCGACUGAGGGAAAGCUGGGCUGCAGGCUCCGCUGCUUUGGACCAGCAGCUGCAGAGGAGUCGGGCCGUGGUGCAGGUCUGGGAGGUCUAUGAGGACCGGGCAGCGAGUGUCGCCCAGCGGCUCCAGACGCUGCAGAGCGACAGCACGUCUCUGGGCGGAGGCUCGGACGACAGCAGUGUGGAGCAGCUCACGGGCCGCGUCCACAAGGUCCAGAGUCUCCUAGGGAGGACGGACACUGUGCAUUCUGACCUGCAGGGGGCGCUGGAGGCCUCCCACGCCUUGAUUGACCACCUGGACCCUUUGGCCUCGAGUCUGGUCCAGUCUCAGAGCAGGUUGUUGUCGGGCAGCGUCCUGCGGCUCAGACACAUGCUGCAGGGGAAGCUGGGUCAUGUGCAGGAGGAGCUGCAGCGGCUGCAGGAGUUCACUCACGACCUGGACUCAUUGGAGAGAAACCUGGAGCUUUGGCAGCAGCGUGUGCAGGAUGCGGCGCACACUGAGCAGGCUGCGUUGCUGGAGCUGAGCGGCCUGUCUGCUGACCUGGAUGUGCUCAACGAGCUGAGCUGCAGUCAGACUCCAGGCGACGCCGCAUCGCGCCGCCUGAGCCGCCUCAACCGCUGCUGGGCCCAAACGUCGUCUGGAGCCGAGGAGGCCUGCAGUGAACUCCAGUCAGAGGCACUGAGGCAGCAGAGCUUCCAGCAGAAGUGUGAGAGCUGGAUGUGGUUCCUCCAGAGGAUGGAGGACAGUGUGGUUGUGGACGUGGCCGGAUCCUACACGGGCCUGAGACAGCAGCUGCGGACACACAAGCGCUUUCAGGCAGAGCUCUCCAUUGGCCACCAGAUCCUGCAUUCAGUUGUCGCUGAAGCGCUUCAUCUGCUGCAGAGGGGGGAGGUGGAGUACAGGAGCGACCUCAUCCUCAAGCUGGCUCAGCUCCAGGAGCACUGGCAGGGGGCGGUGCAGCGGGCCGAGCAGCGCCGCUGCCUGGUGGAGGGGCUGCUGAAGCACUGGCACCAGUACAGCCGCAGCCUGAGGAAGCUGCAGAAGUUCCUGACGGACACCAACGCUCUGCUUCCACCGGCGGGAGCGGCCCAAUGCAGCCUGCAGCAGCUCAGACGGUCCCUCCAGGAGCUGCUGCACACGGAGCUCUUGUUUCAGAGGUAUCAGUGCAGCUUCGUCCACACGCUGGAGAUCGGCCGGCAGCUCUUCUCCAUGGGAGACGAGGAGACGCAGGCGCAGCUGCAGAAGGAUCUGGGAGCCCUGCAGGAGGAGUGGGAGCAGCUCCACAGCCUGCUGGAGCAAAGGAUCGACGCCACCGACGCCAUCCUCAAGAAGUGGGAGCGCUGCGAGGCCGGACUAGCGGACAGCGUGAUGCAGCUGAAGGACGUGAAGACCAGACUGAACCAGUCGAUGCCAGACUGUGAUGACGAGCUGCAGAGCGCAGAAAAAUUCAACAAGGAGAACGAGGACUCUCUGGAGGACUGGGCUGAGAGCCUGACAGAGCUGAGAACCAUGAAGACGGAUCUGUCCCAGUACAUCAUCACUGACGAUGUGCUGCUGCUGCAGGAGCAGGUGGAGCACCUCCACUGCCAGUGGGAGGAACUCUGCCUCAAGGUGUCUCUGCGGAAGCAGGAGAUCGCGGAUCGCCUCAACGCGUGGAUCGUCUUCAAUGAGAAGAACAAGGAGCUGUGCGAGUGGCUGACGCAGAUGGAGAACAAGGUGGCGCACAGCUCGGAGCUCAGCAUCGAGGAGAUGGUGGAGAAGCUGAAGAAGGACUGUAUGGAGGAGAUCAACCUGUUCAGUGAGAACAAAACCCACCUGAAGCAGCUCGGGGAGCAGCUCAUCACCGCCAGCAACAAGACCAAGGAGGCCGAGGUCAACGACAAGCUGAAGGACACCAACGACCGCUGGCAGCAUCUGUUCGACCACAUCGAGGCCAGGGUGAGGAAGCUGAAGGAGACGCUGGUGACGGUGCAGCAGCUCGAUAAGAACAUGAGCAACCUGCGCACGUGGCUGUCUCGCGUGGAGGCGGCGCUGGCCAAGCCGCUGGUCUACAGCGUCUGCCACAGCGAGGAGAUCCAGAAGAAACUGGCCGAGCAGCAGGACCUGCAGCGGGACAUCGAGCAGCACACGGAGAGCGUGGCCUCGGUGCUGACGCUGUGCGACGUCCUGCUCCACGACGCCGACGCCUGCGACGGCGACGCCGAGAAUGACUCUAUCCAGCAGACGAGCCGCAGCCUGGACCGGCGCUGGAGGAACAUCUGCGCCAUGUCCAUGGAGCGUAGGAUGAGGAUCGAGGAGACCUGGCGUCUCUGGUCCAAGUUCCUGGACGACUACUCGCGCUUCGACGACUGGCUGCAGGCGGCCGAGCUCAGCGCCGCCAACCCGGACUCGGCCAACGUGCUCUACACCAGCGCCAAGGAGGAGCUCAAGAAGUUCGAGUCGGUCCAGAGGCAGGUUCACGAGCGUCUGACUCAGCUGGAACUGGUCAACAAACAGUACCGCCGCCUGGCCCGGGAGAACCGCACCGACGCCGCCAGCAAGCUCAAGGUCAUGGUCCACGAGGGGAACCAGCGCUGGGACCGGCUGCAGAAGAGGGUGUCCGCGGUGCUGCGCCGGCUGAAGCACUUCACCUCCCAGAGGGAGGACUUCGAGGGCACGCGGGAGGCCAUCCUGGUGUGGCUCACGGAGAUGGACCUGCAGCUCACCAACGUGGAGCAUUUCUCCGAGAGCGACGUCGAGGACAAGAUGCAGCAGCUGAACGGCUUCCAGCAGGAGAUCACCCUGAACACCAACAAGAUCGACGCGCUCAUCGUGUUCGGGGAGAACCUGAUCCAGAAGAGCGCCGCCCUGGACGCUGUGCUGAUCGAGGACGAGCUGGAGGAGCUGCACUCCUACUGCCAGGAGGUGUUCGGCCGCGUGGCCCGCUUCCACCAGCGCCUGGUCAGCAGACGGCCGGUUCUGGACGACUCGCCUCCCCCCUGGAGGGAGUCGAGGGAGGAGGAGGCUCCAGCAGCAGGCGUCUCGGCCGGACGCCACAGCAGCUGCCACCUGCUGGCGCCGCCUCUGGAGCGAUCGGGGCGGGAGACGCCCGUGAGCGUGGACUCCAUCCCUCUGGAGUGGGACCACACCGUGGACGUAGGCGGCUCGUCGUCGCACGAGGACGAUGAGGACGAGGCCUUCUUCAGCGCUCUGUCAGUUAAGUCGUUGAGUGAGCUGCCCAGCUGGCACCAGCCCGGGUCCCCGGAGCGGAGGCCGGGUCUGGGUCCCAGAGGAACGAGCUCGUCCCCCACACACACAGGCUCACAGCUGCUCCAGCAGGGCUACGCCAAGCUCAUGGCAGAAUGCAGCGGCAGCAUCGACAGCGUGCAGAGAAUCAAGCUGAUCCUGAACGACGACGACGAGGAGCUGGACGACGUCGGGCUGAGCAGCAGCACUGCCGACAAACAGAGCAGCACAGGAGUGAUCCAGCGCUGGGAGCUGCUACAGGCACAGCCCUGCGACAGCCACGCAGAAACCAGGCAGAACCUGGAGCAGUGGCAGAAACUGAACUCUGACCUCGGUGAUGUCACUUCCUGGUUGGACAGCGUGCUGCCCGACCUGGACCGGCUCCAGCAGAUGGAGGCGUUCACCAGCAUCCGGGACCUGGAGGUCAACGUCAAGAAGCUGAAGGAGAUGCAGAAGACCUUCAACAGCUACAAGUGUGUGAUGAUCUCUGUGAACCUGAGCAGCCGUCACUUCCUGCAGGACGACCGCUCCGAGCUGCAGGAGGCUCUGGCCUCGGCCAAUCACAGCUGGACGACGGCCUGCAGCCGCCUGGAGCGCUGGGAGCGGAGGCUGCAGGAGGCGCUGAUGCAGUGUCAGGAGUUCCACGCGACGCUGCACUCUCUGCUGCUGUGGCUCGCUCAGGCCGAGAACAGGCUGUUCUCUGUCGACGCCAGGGAGCUGCUGGGCCGCCGCGCUGCGGCGCUGGAGCACCGGGACGCGCUGACAGCGCUGCAGCAGGAGCUGCGCCGGCGCCAGCGGCAGGUGUGCUCCCUGCAGGACAUCUCGUCUCAGCUCCUCCCGGAGGCCACGGCCGACGACAGCACCGAGGCCAAGGAGAAGGUCCACGUCAUCGCAAACAAGCUGCGGCUCCUGCUGCGGCAGGUGGCGGCCGACCUGCACACGCUCCAGGGAGCAGAGGAAGUGUCCACGGCUGACGCUAUCUCUGUCUCCACGGCACAGGACGGAGCUGAAGCACUUGGCUCCGUUUUAUCUGAUUCUGUGUCCCAGGAAAUCUGCUCCAGCAGCUGUGAAGUGGACAGCAUCGGCCUGGGAACCAUCACGCAGGACUCUGGAGCAGCAGCUGCAGUCAGACAUCCCGCAACCCGAAGGGACAGGGAGCCGCCCCCACGCGCACCCUUCCUGCACCGGGUGCUGCGCGCCGCCUUCCCUCUGCACCUGCUCCUCCUGGUGCUGCUGGUUCUGACCUGCCUGGUGCCUCUGUCUGAAGACGACUACAGCUGCACGCUGUCCAACAACUUUGCCCGCUCCUUCUACCCAAUGCUGCGCUACACCAACGGCCCUCCGCCCACCUGAGUGAGGAACAGGGCUGGUUCUGUAAGAACGUCCCCUCUCCAACGCAUGCUGUUGCAACAUUUCUAGUUUAUGUAUGUUUAAAGGAUUAUUACCAAAGCAUCACUGGCCAUUUUCUACCACUGCAGCUAUUUUUACUGUUUUUCCUCUGAUCACACAUUUUGUACAGAAAUGAAUCAGGUUUUUAGUUUGUGUGGUUUUAAGGUAUUUAUGAAUAUAAAUAAAUUAUGGCAGUGACUCAUCUGCAGCCAACAGACCUAUCAAUGUAUUUUUAACUGUAAAUAGCAAUGACAAAAUGUGCAGAUGUGUGUAUGGAGUCACUUCAUUAAGAAUGAAACGUUAAAGUGCUUCAAAGUUUCAGGAGAGGCCGGUUGGUCUAAAUAGUAUUUUCCUAUGAUGAACUUUGUUGACACUAUUAGCCACUGGCUAAUAGUCUAUUUGAUUCUGGACGUCACAUCUGCGUUUGUGUCUCACUGGCUCUUUCACUACAAGUUAUUGUUUAACGUGACAUAUUUGAGUCAGUGUAAUAAAAAUGUCACUUAAUUACGAUUUAGUGUAGUUCUAUCAGCUGCGUCACGCUGCCAUUUAUCAUUUCCUGAGAUGAACCUGAAUUGUUCAUAACUUACCCAGCACUGUCCAAGUUGGCCCCAGAUGUGACCCUGCAUCAAUCAAGCGAAGCAUUGAUUUCUUUCUAAACGUACGUGUGUGUGAGUGUGUGUGUUUACCUGAAUGCUGCUCCUUCCUUCUUGCUGUUGAUGGGCUGCCGUCAGACUGUAACAGGCCAGACUCAGUAGAACAUGAAUGUAAAUGAUCCUUCGGUCACUGAAUGUAGCUUUGUGCACAAUCAAAAGAACUGCUAAUGUUAAUAUAAAGAGUCUAUUUAACUUAAUUUGAUCCUAAUUCUUCUGGUUAGAGGCCAACUGAAGAGAAACAAAAGUGUGUCAAGUUUGAUUUAUUUUGUCAACUCUUAUUUAUGGGAUGUGAUCUGUAGGUUGUAACAAUAAACUGUGUUUGACAUAA